AACCGGAGACACACGCACACACACAUGCACGCACACAUACAGAAGGAGGGAGUUUCAUAACUUCGGGAAGUUUUUUGGAGACAUCGAUCAGUGGACUCGUCUUGUUUUUCUGAUGUCAGUGACAGCGGAGGGCUGAUCGUCGCGUGCGUCACUUUUUCACCGGAGUUGACUAAUUGAGAGGGAUCCUUUACCGUUCAGUCAGGCAGCUUGUGAAGCUUUCUUUUUCUGCUCCUGGAAUACACUUGUAUACUCCAUCUGAGAAGUAAGUUUGACACCGUGAUCACCCUGUAAUGUUCCUGCUGGCAGUUUCUUACGGAGCCUGGCCUAUGCAGCCAUGCUGAUGUAUGAUAACCCUCUAAAGGCAGACAUGGAGACGUCAUUCUUCUCUUCGUUAUUGAAAACCCAAGAGCCAUACGGAGUGAUCUUCUCACAUCCCGCCCACAUUUACCACACCUCGCACAUGCACGCCUUCACCCAGUCUCACACCCCCAACAACCCCACACACACCCAGCUGGAGCCCGUGGAUCUGUCAGUCAGCAAGCGUUCCUCCUCCACCUCAUCCUCCUCCUCCCCUCCCUGCUCCUCCGCCUCCUCCCCGGCCUCCUCACGCAGCUCCCCGCCUUCCCCCUAUUGCUCGGCAAGCCGUGCCUCCCCCAGGUGCACCACGCCACACUCCCAGCUGCGCUCCUCCCCUUCCCACACUCUCCCGCCGCACACUGCCUCACUUCCUUACCCUACCAUGGUGGCUCCUCUGAUCAGCUCAGGAUCCGGAGUCAUCCAGGGGUCAGGGGUCAUGGUGUCUCCGGUCAUGGUGCCUCUGUCUGUCCUCUACUCCUCGCCUCUCCACCUGCAUCAGUCGAUAAUGGUGAGCCAACCUGUCGCCAGUGACGACGACCAUCAUCGAAGCAGGGAGCACAAGACAGUUCAUUGUGUCGACGCCCAUGACCAGCACAAGCCAAUCAAAACAGAGCCUCGUUCUGAGUUCGCUCAUGACCUCCAUAGCAGCCAGGAGAUGAAAUCCUCAGUCAUCAGGAUACCACACGAAUACGGGUGUAACAACCCAUCAGUAAUAGUUCAUUCGGGCGCAAAGCAUCCUCUCCCUGCCGAGUCUCCUGACACACUGAAAAAGCGGCGAAUUCAUCGAUGCGACUUCAACGGCUGCAACAAAGUGUACACCAAGAGCUCCCACCUCAAAGCACACCGCAGGACACACACCGGUGAGAAACCCUACAAGUGCAUGUGGGAAGGCUGCACAUGGAAGUUCGCCCGUUCAGACGAGCUGACGAGACACUUCCGCAAGCACACAGGAGUCAAACCAUUCCAGUGCCCCGACUGUGAACGCAGCUUCUCCCGCUCUGACCACCUGGCUUUGCACAAGAAACGCCACCUCCUGGUGUGAAACCCUGUAAAAAUCGGCUGCUUGAAGAAACUCGGUGCUGGUUUCAACGUUGGACUGUACCACUGUGACUUGAGGGGGGAUUUUAAAGAGUUUGUCUUACAUGUUGGACUCUGACAGGGAGCUGGGAAAUGUUCCUCAGGGUGCAAGUUAAGACCCUUUCACCUCAUUAGCCUGAAAAUGUGCUAGUGUCAGCCUAUUAAUCGUAUAACCGUCACACCUUCCUGUUUGCAGAUUUAUCAGCAGCUUAUGUUGAUAUUAUAAGAGAAACCAGACCUCGGAUCAGCUGUGGAAGGUCCAGACACUUAUAAAAAAAGAGGCUGCAGCUUCUCAGCUGGCCUGAGAGCAGCACCCUCUUGUGGCUGCAGAACCAAACCGCAUCAAAACCCACAUCCAGCAUCAAAACCCACAUACAGCGUGCUCAAGCUUAUUUUUACAUCAGCUCUCAUUUCUAUGCAUGCAUUCAAGUAAAUAUUGUAGACUUAAACACACACACACACACACACACACACACACACACACACACACACACACACACACACACACACACGUCAUUUGCUAGCUAGGCUGAUAUAAUGUGAAACUUUCCAGAAUGUAUCAAAUCACACCCACUGUGCACCAUGUCAUACAUACUUCCGCUUUCUUUCAUCAGCGCAGCUACCUGUGACAUAACGCUAAUGCUAACUCCUCCUUCAUGAACCACAACAUUAAAAAACCACCUUAUCUGCCUCUAAAGCUUACAUCAUUAAGUGACUUAAAAAAACCAAACAGGUAGCUAUUGCUUGCUUUCUUUUGUACAUACAUGCACACGUUUAAUGGCACACCGAGCAAGACAACAAGCACUUAAUAAAAGCAGCCAUGGUCUGGUGUGCUUUUUGGUAUUUGGGUUGGAAAAAAGGGGGACUCUGGGUUGUUCAUUGUCGGAGUGAAGUGUUUUUUUUGUUUUCAUUCAGAAAUGUGAAAGUUGCUGCACAGGGCAUUAUUGUGUUAGUGAGGAAAAGACACCGCUCGGUUGGUUUAAGGGUAGAAGCAAUGAAAUGUCUUAUAUCAAGUUUAUGUCUCUAUAUGAACUAUUGUUUGGUUUGUGACGUGACACAAUGGUAGCCUUUUUCUUUUUAUUGUAUGAAAAAUUUAUAUGGGAAAAAUACAAAGUGCAAAGCAGGGAAAUUUGCUCUUUCAUUUUAGUUUUUCAGGAGUUUCAUUCCAGCCCACCACACAGGAUAUGUAAUUUUAAAUAAAAUAACAUUUAACAUUGCGUUUUCCUAACAGAAGGUCAUCAGAUAUAUUCUUCUACUACACCAUCAUUUUUUUUUACCAUCAUCACAAUUUUAGAGCACAGCGUUCUGUUUUUACAGCUUCUGGAGAAGAAAAUAAUUUUGUUUAUAGCGUCUUUGUACGUAUGUCUCCAAUGUGCACUUUAUAUAUAUAUAUAUAUAUAUAUAUAUAAACAUUCCCAAAACAUUUUCUUAUCACAUCAGUUUUUCUAUUCAUACAUCUGCUGGUCAGUUUGAUCAGAAACAUCAGGUGUCUUGGUUUGUCAUUUUCUAAUCAUACCAGAAGAGGGUGUGAUCCUUACUUUUAUUCACACACACACAAACACACACACCGAAUGUAGCGGCUCAACUGAUCUGCAUUUUGCCCCUGGACCUUCUCUGUGUUUUUGCUUGUACAUGUUUUUGUAUUUCUGCAAAUAUAAGUUGUAAUAUAUAUAUAUAUAUAUAUAUUUUAUAAUUGAUUAUUAGACUGAAAGGGCAAUUAAAGGUUUCUAUUAAGCAUGAUUUUGAUACUCUCAUAAUAAUACUAUUAUAUUAUACAUUUCUAUAAUGUUCUGUCUACAAUAAACCCUAUCUCUUUUUAAUCUAAACGUUGGCAAUUCAAAGGGAACAUGUUAAACUGUGAACAUAUAACUGUACAGGUCUAUCUGCAAUUUUGCAUUUAUUUUAUGACAGAAUAUUCAUACCACUUAAUAAACUUAUUGAUAAUAUUUGCAGAA